AUGAAAAGACAAUCAUCACUGUGUGAAUCUUCAUCAACUAAAAGAUUAAGAUUAGAAUAUGAAAUAUUCUCCACAUCAAUUCAAGAUAUAGAAAAGAUGUUUACGGAAGAAAUACUAACAUCACCAACUAAUAACAGUCGACAUCCUUAUAAUCCAGAUUCUUGUCAAUACUUAGAUACUGUUGUUCCUUCUACUGAUUUUAAAUAUGAUUGUAUAAAUAUGGCAUUCCUAGUAGAAGAAAAGAAAAAUCAUCACAAUAAAUUUAUACCUAGUCAUGGUGGUAGCGACAUCAAUGGAAGGAAUGGAGGCGGGCCGAAAUUUUCACCACCGGAAAAAUCAAUGUAUCUUGAUCUAGAUAAUAAUGAAGAAUAUGAUGAAUUGCAGAAUUAUAAACCUUCUAUAAAUCAAGACCUAUUAAUGAUCGAUAGACUUAUUUCAUUUAAUCACUAA